AUGGCAAUUUUCGUUUCCUCCUCUAUUCUCCUCCUCUUCCUCUUCUUUCCCAUUGUCAUGCCCCUGCCUCUGUCGACGAAUUCACGUUGGAUUGCGGGUGAGGGAGGACGACGCGUGAAGCUGGCGUGCAUGAACUGGUCGUCUCACUCAGAACUGAUGCUUGCCGAAGGGCUCAGCAAGCAGCCUAUGGAUAAGAUCGCCAAACAGAUUGUGUCAAUGGGGUUCAACUGCGUUAGGUACACUUGGCCAGUCUAUCUCAUCACCAAUGACUCGUUGGCAUCCCUCACCUUUAUAUUUCAGACGGUGGUGUCAAGCUUAGGGAAAAACAAUUUGAUGGUCAUACUUGACUAUCACAUCAGCAAACCCGGUUGGUGUUGCAGUAAUCUUGAUGGCAAUGGUUUCUUCGGCGAUAAGUACUUCAACCCGGAUCAAUGGAUAACCGGGAUGACUCGGAUGGCCACUUUAUUCAACGGUGUCACCAACGUGGUCGGCAUGAGCUUGAGGAAUGAGCUAAGAGGCCCGAAACAGAACGUAAACGACUGGUACAAGUACAUGCAGAAAGGAGCCGAAGCAGUGCACUCGGCAAUCCCGGAUGUUCUCGUUAUACUUUCUGGAUUUGAUUUCGACAGAGACUUGUCAUUCUUCAAGACUCAACCCGUAAAACUCACGUUUAGUGGGAAACUAGUAUUCGAGGCGCAUUGGUAUGGAUUCUCCGAUGGGGUGACCGGAAACCCAAACGAAGUUUGUGGCAGAGUUGCGACAUACAUGAUGAACACAUAUGGGUAUUUGGUUGAUCAAGGAUACCCGUUGUUCGUUGGCGAGUUCGGGAUCGACCAAACAGGAGCCAAUGUCAAUGGCAAUAGGUACUUGAACUGCUUUUUGGGCGUGGCAGCUGAGCUUGACCUGUUUUGGGCCUUGUGGACACUGGCCGUGAGCUAUUACGUGAGAGAAGGUGUCGUCGGGUUAAACGAGUAUUACGGAGCCUUGGAUUAUAAUUGGUGUGCUCAUAGGAAUUCGAGCUUCAUAAAAAGAAUUUCAGCUCUCCAAGCUCCUUUCCGGGGUCCAGGUCUGUCGGAAGUCAAACCGCACAAAGUGAUCUUCCAUCCCUUAACAGGGCUUUGUAUCACAAGGAAAUAAUUCGACCACCGGUUGCGGUUAGGUCCAUGCACUGACUCCUACUCUUGGAAUGACUCCCCCCAUAAGACUUUACUAGUAAAAGGAACACAUUUAUGUUUACAAGCCAAUAAAUCCGGGACAUCGGCAAAGCUGGGCGUCUUAUGCACCGGCUCAAAUUCGAAAUGGGAAAUGAUAUCGGAUUCCAAGAUGCAUCUUUUGACUAAUCUCAGAGAUGGAAAAUCUAUUUGCCUCAAUGUAGCGUCAGACAAGACUAUCAUCACAAAUAGUUGCAAAUGCAUAAAUAAAGACAACACAUGUGACCCUUCGAGCCAGUGGUUCAAACUUGUGGACAGCACAAGGAGCAGCAAAAGGGCGAAAUGAUCUUUGUUGCAAUACUUAGUUGG